AUGCAAGAGAGUUCGGAAGAAGCUAAUGAUUCGAUAUCAACGUCUUCUACUACAACUCUGUUCGAAUUACCAGAGUACAUACUUAGAAACCUAACUCCAGCUAAGAGGAGUAACUCUAGAGAUAAGAACCAUCGAAUAAGGAAACUGCAGAUUAUUCAAUCGAAAACCCUUAAAUUAAAGAAGAGGUCUCAAACAAUUCAUCAGAAGAUUCAAAACUUGAGGUUACAUCAGGAAAUAAUUUCUAACAAGAUUGCAGAGGAUUUGUCGGACAACUUACACCGUGCAAACGAAAGAAGAAUGGCAUUUCUUGCAAAAAGACGAGAGAGGGCCAGAAAAGUUCAAUUAACUUCGUUAAGGUUACCAGUUGCACUGCCUUUAUCUGUGGAAUCAAUCGCAUGUCCCAAAAAUGGGGAAAACAGGGUAGAAUUUGCAGUCGGAGAUAUACAAAGUAUCAUUAUAAUUCAAAGAAGUAUUAAAAAAUACAUAUUACUCCGCAAUGUGAAUCAUUUUAAAGCUUUCCAGGUUUCCACAAGACUAACUCAAAUGACAUAUAAUGAAACAUUACUGUUGCUCAAACCUCUGACAGAAUUUACUAAGACCACCGUUUCUAUUCUCAGAAAUCUUAAUUUACCAGACAUACUUCCCCAGCAAAAGUAUAAAAGUUUUCUUUAUUCCUUGAUUAUGAUUGCUGACUAUAAAGAUUCUUUAAUUCAUCAUACUCAUUCUGGAUUCAAUACAAAUAUAUCUGAUAGAAAUAUAAACAAUCUUGCAAAUUCAGUGUCUCUUCUCUUAUUCAAACUGGCCGAAUCCGUCAUAAAUAAAUUCACUGAAUUUAUCUACAGCGAUCUGAAAGAAAUAGAAGACCCCUGGAGUUUACCGAAAUUAAAGCUAUGCAAAAGUUGGAAAGUUUAUCAUUUUCUAUUUCAGAUAUUUAGAAGUCUACAUUUUAAUAAUUGCAUGGUAAUCAUAAAUGAUGCAUUGGAAGUUGUUCAAAAACAAUUAUUAGUUUGCCAGGCUAUUGAGAUUGAAAUGCAAAGGGAAAAAUAUGUUAAUAAUCACAAGUACUUAUACAAACUUUCACAAAUUUUCAAGUUUUCUGGUACAGAAUGGACCUAUUUUGGAGAAGAUUCGGGUAGCUUUAUUAACAAUAUAAGGUUACAAGUAUUUGAUAAAACCUUACCCGAAAGGCCUAAAGUUAAAGCUAGCAUAGAAGUACUAGAAGGGUUGGAUAAUAUAACCGAAACCUCAUCAAAUCACUCCAUAAUAUUUGAACGUCUUAUCUUUAACAUACCACCCAAAAUACCUAUAAAUAAAUGGAGAAAAUAUUGGAUACAACAAUAUCGAGCUGAAAAAAGAAUAAAUAUACAUAAUAGGUAUGGAAUUCCUAAUACCUUGAAGUCAGGAUUUUUCAACCUAAAUCAUCAGAAUAAAUCACCUAAUAUUUAUGUCGAGAAUGUGUUCAGAGAUUUAGAUAUGGUUUCAAUUCACAGUAAAUACGAGUCCUUACGUGGUGAAAAAGAUUUGCAUUUAUUUCUGACUGAGUUUGAUUUUAUUGUAAGUGAUAUCUUCCUAAUCCUAUUUGAGUAUUGCAUAAAGUUCGAGGACUCCAAUAACAGUGAAGGGUUUGAUAUUGCUAUCGCACAAUUCAGAACAUUAAAAAAUUCAUAUCAGAUUGCAAACUCUAAUACUCAUAAAGAGCUAUUGCAAUACUUUAAACUUCAUUUCUUCUGCUUAAGUCACUUGGCAUCAAUUGGACCAUUUGUUUUAGAUUUUGUUCCAAAUGCUUGUAGUGGGUAUAUUGGUAUCUUGAAUAACCUACAACAAGUAUCUCUGAAUGAAUUUGAAUUAUUCAUAAACUUCUAUGAGGAAUUAGAGAUAUUGAUAAUGAACUUAUGGGUCAAUAAAUGUAAGAACGACAGUAUCAAGAAAAUCAAAAGCUUCGAAAAUGUUUGUCAAUUCAUAUCAAAAAAGAAUUUCAAGAUAGAAAAUGGUACUAAUUCUCCUCAUUUACGAUUUCCGUUAUUCUACAAAUUUCUAUCGCGAUACGACAAUGACUUUGAUCGACACUUUUUGCUGUAUAAUUCAAUCAUUGACUCAACCUUUGAGUAUCCAGAUUUUGAAUCAUUCCUGGUGAAUGCGCACAGUUUUAGAUAUUUUAGACACAUCUACAUUAAUUCUAUUUUGGAUAAUCUUUGGAAUCGUAAUAGGAAGUAUGAUCCAGAUUAUUCAACUAAUGAAUUUAAUGUAUUUUUCAAAGAGGAAAUGAAGGUGCUUAGUAUUAAAUGCCGGGUACUUCUUAUUUCUGAUUAUGUACUACACUUAAUCUUAAAUUUUUAUUCUAAGGCCGAAAUAAGCCUUAACGGCCAACAACAUCAGAAUUUUAAGGGUGUUUCCAUACAAAAGAUGGCGGAUAUUAUAAUAAGGUAUUUUUCAGAGAAUAUAAAUCCACCAGAUAUUGAUGUUUUCAUUUACAAAGUUAUAGAGGCUCAUAUCGAAGACCUGAACCUAGAUAUUGAUCAUUUGAUUUCCUACAUCCACAAAGAGUAUUGCACAUUAAUAGAGCAAGACGGAUAUUCGCUACUUAAACGAACUCUAACUGACAAGUUUGUCAAACUAAUUAAUAUUGAUCCUAUAUCAACUGAAUUCGAAUGCUUAUUGAAGGGAAACUUCAAAUAUUUCUCGAUUCCGACUAGACAGGUAAUAGCUGAAAUUGAUGAAAUUCUUGAAGAAAUAUAUGAUUUAUACUCUCCAUUAUUGAACUGGAUUUAUAGGGAUAUAGGUGAGCCUACAAUAUAG